GUGCUUGAGGCCACAACAACGCUAAUUGCUGAAGAUUACGCGACGCCGGAACCAGAGGGCAUAAUCAUUCUCGUUCAUCAUCGCGACAUUCACCGUCUGCCCACUAAAACGCUGUUCAAGGCCGCUUUAUCUGUCGGUACAAAAAAGCAAAGAUCUUGAAACAAGUGAACCAAAUUGUCAUUAAAAAAAAAAAGAAAAAACGAAAGAAAAAGUUAAACCUUUUGCUCGAUUCUGUCUGCGAAACGCGUAGGCUUGGGAAUCACAAGUGAAGUGCGGAUCUUGAUAACGGACAACACCAGUUUGGCCGCCCAAAGAUUUACCCGCUUUUGCUUGAUUUAUCUAGUUUGUGCGAAGAUUUCGUUCUGUGUAUGUUACCCAUGGUAGAUCGUACGCCCACCCCCAUCAUUUUCCCGCCUCCGGUCUGCUCUCCGAUGAGAUGACGCGGUCUAAAUCUGAAUUGUGGGACCUGCUCUGCAAUGGCACAGUAUAAGAAUAAUGGUGAAUUCUUCACUGAUCAUGGCUUUCGGGUCUUUCGUCGUGGUAGAAGGUUUGGUCGUUUUACUAAACAGAGACUUUCAGAAUCUUUGUUGCUUCUCAUUGCACUACUGUCAUUGUCUUUGACAGCUUUUGGACUGAGAAUGUUUUUUUUAGCUAAAAUGGACUCUCAGUCCCCAAUUUUGGACUCUAAGCCCCCAAUUUUCCACAAACUGAAAGAAGAAGGAAACUUAAAAGAAGAAAUUUUGGUAUCUGAUGUUGGAAGGCCACCUAAAAGCAAGCGUCGGAAGCAACAUUUUCCUUGUGAAGUUGGGCUUCUGGAAUCGGUAGAUGGCAUUCUUGAGCCAAAGAACUACAUUAACUACACCCGGUUUUCACUAGAAUAUACUAACAAAGAAGAACAAAAGUCAGAAAAUAAUUUAUUUGAACCUCGAUUUGGAGGACAUCAGACUCUUGAGGAAAGAGAAAAAUCAUUUUAUGCGGUAAACCAAACACUUCAUUGUGGUUUUGUCAAGGCGGAAGGAGGAUAUUCAAGCACUGGCUUUGAUUUAGAUGAAAGAGAUAAGGCUUAUUUGUACAACUGUAAGGUUGCUGUUUCUUCUUGCAUUUUUGGAAGCUCCGAUUUUCUCAGGAGGCCUACAACUAGAUUGAUCAGUCAAUAUUCAAAGGACAAUGUUUGUUUUGUUAUGUUUUUGGAUGAUCAAACUCUGUCCAAAUUGUCAUCUGAAGGAAACAGUCCUGAUGAUAGAGGGUACAUUGGCCUCUGGAAAGUAGUUGUUGUAAAAAACUUGCCAUAUGAGGACAUGCGGAGAACUGGCAAGGUGCCAAAAUUUUUAUCACAUCGCUUAUUCCCAAAUUCUAGGUAUUCCAUUUGGCUUGACAGCAAGAUGCGACUUAAUGCUGAUCCGUUGCUGAUUAUUGAAUAUUUUUUGUGGCGGAGGAAGGCUGAAUAUGCCAUCUCAAAUCAUUAUGAUCGCCACUGUGUCUGGGAGGAGGUACUCCAAAAUAAACGCUUGAAUAAGUAUGACCAUGCUGCAAUUGAUGAACAGUUUAACUUCUACCAAUCUGAUGGACUCACCAAGUUUGAUCCUUUAGCUCCUAAUAAUCCUCUCCCAAGUUAUGUUCCUGAGGGUUCCUUGAUAGUCAGGGCGCAUACACCAAUGUCUAAUUUAUUUUCAUGUCUUUGGUUCAAUGAAGUUGAUCGAUUUACAUCGCGUGAUCAACUAAGCUUUGCUUAUACUUAUUUAAAACUCAGGCGAAUGAAUCCCAAUAGGCCAUUUCACUUGUACAUGUUCAAGGAUUGUGAACGCAGAGCAUUGGUGAAGCUAUUCCGGCACAGGCUUCUUCCAUCUUAACCUGAUACUGCUUGAUCAGUUUAACCUCUGUAAGGGAUUCACCCUGAAGCGGAGUGUAUUUUAUCAUACUUGGUUUCUUUGUGGCUUUGAUUCGUCGAAGUUGACGUAAGAUUAAAGCUUGGACAAAGAGUACAUUGCUUCUCAGAAGUGGACUGUUUCUUCUCCUUGCAAUCAAUGCUGAAGAUUAUUGCUGCUGCUGCUAUCUGAUGAAGAGAAAGGUGAUGAAGGUUUUGAUUUCUCGGCUUCCUCACGUUCGCUAAGUAGGCGUGAAGUGGAGAAUUUUGCUAACUUUUAUUGUUUAUUUGUUUGUAUUUUCAAUUUUGUUAGCAUUGACAUGUCACUGGUCCUCUGUUGAAAGGUUAGUGAUUAGUAGGACUAAAAUUUUGUAAAUUGUUUUUUCAUGCAUGUACUGUUUUUUAUUUAAUAUAUCUUUUUAACUGGGCUAACUACUGAAUUUUUGA